AAUCAACCCGUUUGUUUGUGUGUCGUCUGCUACGUUGUCAAUAAUAUGAAAAUGUCAAACAUCUACGUUUGGUUUUGCAUGUUUCAGAUAUGAAUUCAAAUUAAACUUCAUUAUCACUAACACCAUUAUUUCCAAAUGGUCUAAGUGAUCAAUGGUAUGGAUGACAGUGGUUUUGAUAGCGACCCUAAACAUCGCCAACCUCAUGAAGACGACAGACUCUUUCCAGCCAGUGACAGCUCAACUAGUAGUGCCAACUUGAACCAUUCCACUCCGAGGAAGAUGUCUCGCAAACAAUUGCACAAAAAAUUGGAGAGAAGGAUUGAACAAGCAAAGAAACUGCAAGCACAGAAUGAGAUGAAGAAGAAUCCACAGUUGAUUCCGAUACAACGAUUGCCAAUUCCGACAAGCAAAUCCCCUACCAGUCCCCGUGAAAACCAUCCCCUCGUAGAUUGGGAGACGGAUGACAGCGAUGAAGACAUCAAUUUCUUCCCGGUGUCCCGGAUGCGAGAUGGCAAACAAGAGCUGACCGACACAUUCAGCAUCGAAGAUUUCGAAGUCACCCCUGAAGAAGAUGACCUUGACCUUUUGCCACCGAAGCCCCUGGAUCGGCGAUUGCUGUGUUGUGGAGUCCCUCUUCACUUGACCUGCAGCAUCCUAUAGACUGCCUUUACUUUCACUGUCAAAAGAUGAUCUCUAUUGUUCCUUUGUAUGUUCAUUCAUUUCUUUGUGUUGCCUUGCCGAAGAUUCUAGUCAAUUAUUGUGAUAUUUUUUGUAACUGUGACUUAUUAGGUGUUAUAAUAUCAGAUGCAACUCAAGUGAUGUAUCAAGAGGAUACAUUUUAGAAAAAUGGAUAUCCAGUUUUUAGUUCUUUACAGAGUUGUUAUUAUUUUAUUUUAUUGUAAUCUAACUUUAUAUUUAUUGUUUUUGUAAUUAAUUAUUAAAUCACUUUUUUUAAAUAAGAUAAAUUUAUGUGUGCAAUUGGGACCAAAGGAAUUAUUUACAGGGUGUUUUCAAAGAUUUUAUUUUUAAGGAUUCCACACUUAUAACGAUAUAAAGUUAUUUUUGUUUAUAAUAUAAUAUUAAUUAAAUAAAGCGUUACGAUC